AUGUCGUCGGCGGACGCGGACGAUCCGCCGCGGUCGCGACUGUUCGUGGUGUGCCCCAAGGGCACCGGUCAGGACACCCUGCAGCGCGCGUUCGAAGAUCUCCUCGCCAAGCUCUCGGCGGAGGAUCCCCCGUUCGCGUCCGCGCGGGGGGAGACGACGACUGCGAGGAAGGACCCGGACGAGGACGCGCGUAAGGAUGAACACCACGACGACGGGCUCGAUGAAGAAGACGUCGGCGAUGAACCGCCGCUCGUGAAACACCUGGAAUCCGUGAGGGUCGUCCCGCGCAAGGGUGUCGCCUUCGCCAAGUUCUCGGAUGCCGCCACCGCGAUGCGGUGCAUGGCGGCCAUCGCCGACGCCAACGGCGCGCUGGGCGCCCUGAGGGUCAAGUGCAUGCUCGCGGAACCCAAGGCGAGCGCCGGCGCCGGCGCGGGUGCGGCGGAGCGCGCGAACGGGACUCCACCACCACCACCACCACCACCACCACCACCAGGAGGAGCAGCAGCAGCAGCAGGACCGGCGGCGGCGGGAUCAGGAGGAGGCGUCGCCGCGGGGUCCAGGCCCAGAGGCGAACGGUCGGGCGAACCCCCGGGGGGAUCCGCGUCCCCCAAGCGAGCGAGACGAGGCGGCGACGGCGACGGGAAUCGAACCGGCGACCCAAACAACUCCCGUCCAGCUGUGUUUCCCCCGCCGCCGCACCAAACCCCCGCCUGCGUCCUCGGGUCGGAGAGCCGACGCCGACAUCAUCGAACCUCGCGAACCUCGCCGACGUCCAGCGCGGAGAGCGGCGGGGGGAUCGGAGGACGGGGAAUCGGACGGUCGCCGGUUCAAAACCCCGUGCCGUCGCCGCCGCCGAUGCCGCCGGGCCCGCCACCUGGGGUGUUCCUUGGGGAGGCGUGGAUGGGGGACGGGCGCAGGGGCGCGUUGGUCUUCCACCCGCGAACGGGGGGGGUGCCGACUUUGGGGGUGCCGACUUUGGUCCACCCCGCCGCCGGCGCCCCGCCGCCGCCGCCGCACUACCCGCCGCCGGCGUUCGCGCACUUUCCCUCGGGGACGGCGCCGCAUCCGCAUGCAUCCGCGCCGAACGCAACCCCGAACUUCGUUCACCACGCGCACGUGCCCGGCGUUCACCCGCGACCGAACGCGCCGCCGCCGCCGCCGCCCGAUUGGCCGCCGCCGUCCCCCGCGGCGAGCGCCCGAAGCGGCGCGAGCAGCGCGUUGAGCGGCGGCGGCGGCGGCGGAGGAGGGGGAGUAACACGCGGAGGAGGAGGGGGCGGAGGAGGCGCCGGCGAGGUGACGACGUCCGCGGACUCCGAUUCUGUCCGUUCGAACGGCGGCGGAGUAACGGCUGCUGGGCACACGCGCCGGGCCUUUGUCGUCCUCGACAAGACCGUCACGCAGUCGCACCUCGAGUCGCUGUUUCGGGACACGUGCGAAGGCGUUAUAACGGUCGAUUUGAAGACGGACGGUCACAGCGGUAAAUCUCGCGGGUUCGCUUACGUAACCUUUGAAAGCCCCGCGUUUGUGCAAGCGGCGUGCGAGCGUUUGAACGGGCGGGAGCUGCCGGAAGGGAGCGGGGUGCGGUGCAAGGUGAUGCCGGCGCUGGACCGGGAGCACCGACCGACGCCCGAGCGAAGUAACGGCUCGAACAAGCGGCGGAGUAACGGCAACGGUAACGGUAACGGCCGGGGUGGAGCCGGAUCGGCGGCGGGCGGCGCGUCGAGCGGCGAGGGCGCCGAUCGAUCGACGCGGACCGAAGCGCCUUCGCCGUCGCCCGAAUCGGAUCUCGCGAAGAAAAAGACGAGGACGAUGAACGAAGAAAAGGAGGAGGAGGAGGAGGAGGACGACGACGACGACGACGCGCUGAGCUGGCAGCUCCCCGGUCCCCGAAAAUACUCCAGGCUGAACUCGCCGUCCGCCGGGGACGUCGUUCCCGCGCAACAGCGGUCGUUCGACCCGGACGACGACGGCGCGAUUCGCGAGGAGGACGAGGAGGACGAGGAGGACGACGACGACGACGACGAGGCCGAGUCCGGCGUGGAGGCGGCGUCGAGCCGGCGACUGGUUCUUCGCCGUGACGCGUCCCGGAGCAAGGCGGAGGAGGAGGCGACGGACGCGGCGAUGGCGCUGGGGAAGGUGAGCCUCGGGGUGGUGCCGGAGGAGGACACCACCGCGGUUUUAGCGGAAGGGGAUCGAACGACGCGCCGGGAGGGGGGAACGGACGCCGAGCCCUCCGACGGGACGAGCCCCGACGAUGCGCUGGACAAAUUCGAAGGGGAAGGGGACGACGGCCCCGGGGGGAAUCGAACCCGCGACCUCUCCGAUCGCGACGACGACGAGCCCGCCGACGCCGCCGGCGCGGGGGAAACGACGGACCGGAAACCCGUCAACCGGCGACCGGGGAAGUCCGAGUCCGAACCCGCCUCCGGAGAGGUCGCGGGUUCGAUUCCCCCCGGCGCCGGCCGCGUGUUAUUUUUCCGGCUCGCGCUGCCCCUCCCCAGUUACGCCCUCCGGCACGUGCUGGCGUCGCACGGCGAGGUGGCGGAGCUGUCGAUGCGGCCGGACGGGGCGUCCGGGCGAGUGGAGUACGCCGACGAGGAGGGCGCGGACGCCGCGCUCGAGGCGCUGCACGCGACGGAGAUUCUCGGCAUCGAGCUGCGGGUGUCGAGACUUCAGGCGGACGUGGUCGGGAAGAAAGCCGCAGCCGAGGGCGGUGGGGCGGAUCAGAGGAAGAAACGGACGAGGAGGGCGUGA